CUUAAAUUGUCUAUUUGUAUGAUGAUUCUAUUAUUUUUUUCACUUUAGUGUUUAGUUUAGAUGUAAGCACUCCUCUUUCAGUUUUUCAACUUAUUGGCUGUAAUUGUUCUCAGUGUUUUCUCCAGUUAUAAUCUUCAUACUUUUAACAAGUAAAUUCUUUAGCUCCAUUAAAGUGGUCGAAAGGAAAAUUUUAUAUGUAUUAUAAGAUAUUAUAAUUAGGCCUAGACAACAUGAAAGCUGCUCUUGUAGUACUUCUUUUUGUGUUUAGUUCCGUUAAUUGCAACUUUGAACUAAGGCACCUAGAGGGAAUGAACGACUUGCAUACACUUUGUAAAUUGUAUUCAGGAACAACUGAACAGCUCAUUGAAGGUGUUAAAAAAGGACAGUUUCCUGAUAAUGAACCAUCAAUACAGCGAUAUAAUUUCUGCCUAUGGGGCCAAGCAGGAGAGUUGGAUUCAAAUUAUAGGAUAAUUGUACCAAAAUUGAUGACGUACUUGACUGGUAUUGAAAAACAGUAUGCUGUGCACUAUAUUAAAUGUAAUGAAAUGGCUCUCGGUUUGGCUAAUAAGGAUCCUGUACAGAAAAUAUGGGAAAUGGAGAAGUGUGCCAACAAAAGAAUCAAGGAUAAUAAAGUAAAAAAUGAUUACCCUUUCGCUUUUGAUACUGUUUAACCUUCCAGCGGACGCAGUGCCGGAUUUAGGGUAUUUGCGGCCCUAGGCCAAAUUACCCCGAGCGGCCCCCGAUAACUUCACGAUUAUGUAAUUAAAGCAUAAAGACUUAAUAAUAAUUACAAUUAAAACGUU